AUGACAGGUAUCCCUCGAAGCAUUGCUGAACACGAGCUAAGGAUACCACCUGGUGUCAAGCCUGUUGUCCAAAAGAAGAGAAGUCUAGCACCCAAAAGAAGUUUGGCUGCAUGCCAAGAGGUAGAAAUGCUUGUCUCAGCUGGAAUUCUCUGGGAAGUUAAGUAUCAGUCCUGGGUUGCAAAUCCAGUCAUGGGUUACCAUGAAAUCCUUAUGAAAGAAGAAAAUGAAGAAAAGACCGUUUUUCACACGGACAAAGGUAUCUUUUGCUACCAAAAGAUGCCUUUUGGUCUUAAGAACGCGGGUGCAACCUACCAACGACUUGUUGACAAAGCCUUUGCUAGUCAAAUUGGUAGAAACAUGGAAGCAUAUGUCGAUGAUUUGGUAAUCAAAAGCAAAACAGAAUACCAAAUGCUUGAUGACAUCCAUGAAACCUUCAAGAACCUAAGGAAGGUCAACAUGAAACUCAACCCCAAGAAAUGUUCGUUUGGGUUUGAAGAAGGUAAAUUCCUGGGGCAUAUUGUGGGAAAACAAAGUAUAAAGGCCAACCCAAACAAGGUCAAGGCCGUUCUUGAAACCAAACCACCACAAAGCAAAAAGGAGGGUGCUCCGAAAAAAAAAUUCAAGUUGACUGAAGAGGCUGAGGAAGCCUUCAACCAAAUGAAGCAACACCUAGCUUCACUUCCUAAGAUUGCAGCCCUAGAAACAGGAGAACUGAUCUCUGUAUACCUUUCGGUUGGUGAAGAAGCAAUAAGUACGUUUUUAACCAUCGAACGAGACAAAGUUCAGACCACCAACAAUGAAGCCGAAUACGAAGCAUUGAUAGCCGGCUUGAAGCUAGCCAAGGAAAUGAAGGUUCAAAAGCUUCAAGUCUUCACAGAAUUGUUGCUGGUAUCAAGUCAAGUCAAUGAUUGCUAUGUUGCAAAGGAGCCCAACAUGAAGAGAUACAAGGAAAAGUCUAAAGAGUUGAUAAACACAUUCCAAACAUGUACCGUCAAGCAAAUUCUAAGGUCUCAAAACAAGAAAGCUGAUGCCUUGAGUAAACUCACCUCUCUCACCUUUGCCCACCUUACCAAAAAAGUUCAAGAUGUGAUCACCGAAGAGAGCCCCAAUUGGAUUACUCCUAUUAAAAAAUUCCUUAAAGACAGUGAAAUCCUCUACAAAAAGGGUUACCUUGCACCCUUACUGAGAUGUGUCGGUCCUGAACAAAGCCAGUACUUGGUCAAAGAGGUUCAUGAAGGGAUAUGCGGAGCUCAUUUUGGAGCAAGAACGGUGGUUGCUAAACUAAUGAACCUCGGGUAUUUUUGGCCUUCAAUGCACCGGGACACUGUCGAGCAAUUAAGAAAAUGUGAAGCCUGUCAGGUACAUGCACCGGUGCCCAAGAGCCCCAAACACGAUCUCGUCACGAUAUCUUCAGCUUGGCCAUUUCACAAAUGGGGAAUGGACAUUGUUGGUCCAUUCCCACCAGCCAAGGGUGGAGUAAAAUUUCUAUUGGUGGCCAUAGACUAUUUUACCAAGUGGCCUGAAGUCAAACCACUCGCAAAAAUCACGGGCAAACAGGUCAUCGAUUUUGUCUGGGAGAACAUCAUUUGUCGCUAUGGGUUGCCGGGAGUGUUGAUCACAGAUAAUGGGAAACAAUUCGCUGAGAAGCCUUUUAGCACUUACUGCAAAGAGUUCAGGAUAACUCAGGUUUUCAGCUCAGUGGCAUGCCCACAAUCAAACGGUCAAGUUGAAAGGAUGAACUGGAGCAUAGUUGAAGGGAUCAAGACUCGGUUGGGAAGGCAUGAAAGCAAUUGGCUCGAAGAAUUGGCAAACGUUCUAUGGGCUAUAAGAACAACGGAAAAAGCAAGCCACAAAAGAACACCUUACAGCUUGGUGUUCGGAUCGGAAGCCGUGAUUCCAACCGAAGUAGGAGUAUUGACUCAAAGAACACUCAACAUGGAUCCUGAAACGAACAACAAAGAGACCAUGUUGAACUUACAAUUCCUCGAGGAAACACGAGACCAAGCUGCAAUCCAAGAAGCCAAGUAUAAACAAAAGAUGAAAGCUUACUACAACAAAAAAGUCAAGAAUGAACGCUUCAAGCCAUGA